ACAACCGAUUUCGACUCUGUCUCCGUCUUCUACUCCAACUCCGAUGCCGACUCCGACUCUGAUUCCAACUCUAACUCCGAAUCUGAUUCCAACUCUGACUCCGACUCUGACUCCGACUCUGACUGCGACUCUGACUCCGACUCUGACUCCAACUCUGACUCCGACUCUGACUCCGACUCUGUCUCCGACUCUGACUCCAACUAUGACUCCGACUCUGACUCUGACUCUGACUCCGACUCUGACUCCGACUCUGACUCCGACUCUGACUCCAACUCUGACUCCGACUCUGACUCCGACUCUGACUCCGACUCUGACUCCGACUCUGACUCCAAAUCUGACUCCGACUCUGACUCCGACUCUGACUCCGACUCUGACUCCGACUCUGACUCCGACUCUGACUCCGACUCUGACUCCGACUCUGACUCCGACUCUGACUCCGACUCUGACUCCGACUCUGACUCCGACUCUGACUCCGACUCUGACUCCGACUCUGACUCCGACUCUGACUCCGACUCUGACUCCGACUCUGACUCCGACUCUGACUCCGACUCUGACUCCGACUCUGACUUCCAAUCUGACUCGCAAUCUGAUUCCAACUCUGACUCCGACUCUGACUCCGACUCUGACUCCGACUCUGACUCCGACUCUGACUCCGACUCUGACUCCGACUCUGACUCCGACUCUGACUCCGACUCUGACUCCGACUCUGACUUCAACUCUGACUCCGACUCUGACUCCGACUCUGACUCCGACUCUGACUCCGACUCUGACUCCGACUCUGACUCCAACUCUGACUCCGACUCUGACUCCGACUCUGACUCCGACUCUGACUCCGACUCUGACUCCGACUCUGACUCCGACUCUGACUUCCAAUCUGACUCGCAAUCUGAUUCCAACUCUGACUCCGACUCUGACUCCGACUCUGACUCCGACUCUGACUCCGACUCUGACUCCGACUCUGACUCCGACUCUGACUCCGACUCUGACUCCGACUCUGGCUCCAACUCUGACUCCGACUCUGACUCCGACUCUGACUCCGACUCUGACUCUGACUCUGACUCCGACUCUGACUCCGACUCUGACUCCAACUCUGACUCCGACUCUGACUCCGACUCUGACUCCGACUCUGACUCCAAAUCUGACUCCGACUCUGACUCCGACUCUGACUCCGACUCUGACUCCGACUCUGACUCCGACUCUGACUCCGAUUCUGACUCCGACUCUGACUCCGACUCUGACUCUGACUCCGACUCCAACUCUGACUCCGACUCCCACUCGGAAAAAAAACACGGUUUGGCAUUACUGCCGAAAGUUUUAAAUCAGUCCAGAAAAUUUAAUACUUUCGCAAGUGAGCCUAUCCUUGAGCGAUUCAGCAUUUUCCCUACUGAAUUCAAGCUCAUCUGA